GCCAACUUUGUCGUUUCCUUGCCUACCAUAUCUCCUCUGGAAACUUAGGACGCCACAAUGUCUACAGCACACAGGCCUACAUGGGACCCCGCACAGGCGAAGGACGUCAAGGGUGGCUCGCGCCAGUUCUCCGUGCGGGACAUGGCCGCGCAUACGAAGCUCAAGUUCCGGCAACCUGGGCAGACGUCUACAGCUGAGGUGGCGAAGCGCGACCUGAGGGCGGAGCUGCUGGCGGCGGAGGCGGAGGCGCGCGACCGCAAGCGCAAGGCGGAGGGCAAGCCGCCGCUCGCGGUCGAGUCGGCGCCAAGGGAGGGUCAGGACGAGCAGUCGAACAAGAGGAGGAAGUUGCUGCAGGAGGCACUGGAGUUGGACAAGGAUGCUGACGAUGACGAGGACGAGGAGAAGGGCGAGAAGGCAGCGGAUGAGGACGAGGAUGACGACGAUGACGAUGACGACGACGAUGAAGAAGAGGACGACACUGCAGAGCUCUUGCGGGAACUCGAGAAGAUUAAGCGGGAACGUGCGGAGGAGAAGGAGAGGCAAGAGAGGGAGCAGUCGGCGACAGACCAAGCCGCGCGAGAGGCCGAGAUUGCAACCGCAAACCCUUUGUUGAACCUCGCUGCUGCACUCGGCCAAACUCCGAAUGGUGUAAAUACGACGAAGCCUGGGACGUUCGCUGUGAAGAGGAGAUGGGACGACGAUCUUAUCUUCAAGAACCAGGCUAUGAGUACGCGGGACAAGGGAAAUCAGCCGCAGUUCGUGAACGACUUGUUGCGGACAGAGUUCCACAAAAAUUUCAUGAGGAAGUUCAUUAAGUGAAAUUGCUAUGUUGUAUCGACUCUUGUAUCAUCGCCUACACGACUUGCUCGGGAUAUCGGUCUCCUAACACUCUGCACCCGGUUUGCAAUUAAUCCAGCUGCAAUGACUCCGUAAAAGAACUGCCUUUCCGGACCGACCAAACGGUAGUCACAUCGACCUCAUCGACUGCCAUCUGGGCAUUCUGACCUGUGUCGGAUGGGAUGCUACGGCUUCUAGACUGGAUUUCGUAUACUCGAGCUAAGACCGUUCCGCAAUUCAUCUUCCUCUUAGAUAUGAUGACCACAUUUCGGCCGCCGAUAUCUGUGACGGUCGUUUUUGGCCCACCACUAGAAGAGGCCGGGGUCUUCUACUUCUACUUGGGUUUGGGGUACUUCUCUCUUGUUGUUAGCAUUCCCCAUGGUAGAUUGCAAUCCGCGGAGACCCGGAAUUCUCCUCGUGGCUCAGACAUAGGUCAUCAGUUUGUAUAUGCGACUCGGAUGUGUUUCUAGAACUCGGUGCAGCAUGUACUUUUGCCGUCAUU